GAUCAGUCAGGGCCCUCCCAUAUUAUUGCAACGGUUCCAUAUAAAAGUUCCCUUCCCUCAACCAUCGAAAUCCACAAUUACCAUCACACCACGCUAUUCCCUCUGACUGACAGCUUGCUUGCCAUCGCGCAUCAGUCAAAAUGUCGUGGAGAAACCAGGGAAUCACGGGUUCCAACAACAUCCCGUUGGGAAAGCGUCGGUUCGGCGGCGACGAUGGUGGUGAAGAGGAGUUCCAGGAAGCUCCCCCCAGCAAUGGCAACGGAGAGCUGAAGCGCGGUCGCAGCCCAGAGCCUCGUACCGACGCCGAUGGCCCUCGCCGCAGAAAGAAGAGAAACCGUUGGGGCGACGCGUCCGAAAACAAGGCUGCCGGAUUGAUGGGCUUGACGACGGCCAUCACGGCGAACAUGACCGGCGAGCAGUUGGAGGCUUACACCCUUCAUCUCCGUAUUACGGAAAUUAGCCAGAAGCUUCGCAUCGACGACGUCGUUCCCGCAGAUGGAGACAGAUCACCCUCUCCUGCUCCCCAGUACGAUAACCAUGGUCGCCGUAUCAACACGCGCGAGUACCGAUACCGCAAGCGCCUCGAAGACGAGCGCCACAAGCUCAUCGAAAAGGCCAUGAAGACCAUCCCUAACUACCACCCGCCACAGGACUACCGCAGGCCCACCAAGACCCAAGAGAAGGUCUACGUGCCUGUUAACGAUUACCCAGAAAUUAACUUCAGUAUGAUUGCUAACCCUCUAACCCUAACCAAAAUUUCUUGUUUCCCUUGUUCCCUGCCUGGACUCUGGCCAAGCUUGUCAUGCAUCCUCCAGGUGUCUUGUCAGACCUGGCCUUGUUUGGAGACUGGGACCGUCAUAUAACUUGCUUCACCCUUUUGAUACAGACACUAACGCUUAGCUCUUGUCGUAAAGUCGGCUUACUUAUCGGACCCCGUGGCAACACUUUGAAGAAGAUGGAGGGAGAAUCUGGCGCCAAGAUUGCCAUUCGCGGCAAGGGCUCAGUCAAGGAGGGCAAAGGUCGUUCGGACGCAGCUCACGCCAGCAACCAGGAGGAGGAUCUUCACUGUCUCAUCAUGGCCGAUACAGAGGAGAAGGUUAACAAGGCCAAGAAACUCAUCCACAACGUCAUUGAAACCGCCGCGUCCAUUCCCGAAGGACAGAACGAGCUCAAGCGCAACCAGCUUCGC